GAGAAUGGAAAAAAGGUUGAAAAGCUUGGUUGGCUUUGAGAGCAAGCUGAUGUAAUACGUCUCAUCCAGAUCUUUCUAUCUUCUUCCUGAUUACAGAUAUGUACGAUUAUUUCCAUAAUAAGAUCUAUCUGCUCUGUAUCUAGCAAACUCUUAAGCUUUGUCUUAUUAAAAACAAGACAAAAGGUUACUGCUUGAUUCCAACGAUUUAGCUAAGCCUUCCACUCUUCGGUUCCCUCUAUUCCAUCCCUCUCUCUCUCUCAGCAUUGUUAAGGAAGAGCCAUGGCAAAUCUAAUAAGCUUAUCUUUCUUCAGCAAAUUUGAUUUAUCAAAAGGUAUCAGCAGAUCUUUACAACUUUGAGAGAUUCACUGUGUAAGAAGCUUUGGAGAAGAUGAAUAUAGCAAGCAGCAAAGUUCCUCCAGGUUUCAGAUUCCAUCCUACUGAUGAAGAGCUUGUAAAUUACUAUCUUCGCAAGAAAGUUAGCUCAAAAAUAACUGAUCAAGACGUUAUAAAAGAUGUGGAUCUUUGUAAGAUUGAACCAUGGGAUCUUCAAGAUAUUUGUGGUAAAGGAAGAGAAGAUGAGCAUGAGUGGUAUUUCUUCAGUCACAGAGAUAAAAAGUACUUAACUGGAAGCAGAACAAACAGGGCAACAAAAACUGGGUUUUGGAAAGCUACUGGUAGAGAUAAGCCGAUUUAUUUAAAGCAGAAGUUGGUUGGUAUGAGGAAGACGUUGGUUUUCUAUAAGGGAAGAGCUCCAAAUGGACAAAAAUCAGAUUGGAUUCUGCAUGAAUAUAGGCUGGAAAGCGAUGAAUGUGAAGCUUUACAGGAAGAUGGCUGGGUAGUUUGUCGGGUGUUCAAGAAGAGACCUGCAGUGACCAUCAAGGAAGAAAACGAGCUUGAAGAACCUUCAUUCUGGUACAACCAAAGCCUCAGAUUACUACCACCACUCAAAUCUCAGUAUCCUCUGGAUCAUCGCCAUCACCUGCAAUGCUCCUACAAAGAACAAAUUCUGCAAAACUUUCUUCCUUUUAUGUCGCCUCAUCAUCAUCUUCAUCUCCCACCAUUAGAGCUACAGGUAAACGAAGAUCAAAGCAUUGUUCAAACGAAGGAUUGGAGAGUUCUGGAGAAGUUUGUUGCUUCUCAACUUAGUCAGGAUGGCUUAUCAAAAUGUCCAAAUUGCUGUAGCAAUUCACAAGAUCAUGGCACUCUUCAUGAACAGCUAGCCCAACAGGUACCCUACUACUAUAUAUGAAUCAUCAUUACCUACUACUUAAAUUAGAAUGUACAAAGUCAUGAAGAUAUGGAUUCUUAGGUUCAUUUGGAACAGCUUUUUUAUUGCUUCUUAAAACGGAGUUUUAAUACUAAAGUUCUGUUUUAAGAAGCAGAAAGAAAGUUGUUCCAAACAAAGCCGUAGAUACAUAUAUAUCACAUGAAGCCUAAAUUUUUAUGUUUUUUUUUUUUUUUUUUUUUUUUUUUUUUACUUUUAUAUAUAGAGGAUUGUAUUUUGCUUUUAGUUAGGUAAAUGUUGGCAAUAUUUUUGAAGUGGUUGAGAGAUUAUAGUGUUAUAUUAGUAAAUAUAAAGAUUUAGGCUUUGUAGAUGUGAUGAUUAAGAGUUAUGUAGAUAUAUGUAAAUCUCAUUAAAGAGAUGAGUUUGGUAUAUAUUGUAAAUAUGACUAAACUUGUGUUGCUUUGAGAGAGAAGUAAUACCACUAUGCCAAGAGUGAGUGUGGUCUUAACUUGUAUUGCUUUGUUUUUUUGGUUUUCAAAUAAGAUAUUUUGAAUUGAGUGCAA